UAGAAACGAUUACUAAAUAGGGUUAAAAAUGUAAUUAAGAGUUAAUUAUUAUUAAAUAUUAUUUCAUUCGGUUCGGUCGUUGUCAUUGUUUUUGCUCUGAUCGUCCUUUUAAGGCCAUGGCUUGUGCUUUUCCCUUCUUAUAUAUAAGGUCUUAUUUUGCUUAUCUAUUUCCUCUCUCGAGCAGCUAAGGGGGAAAAAAAGAUAAGGGAAAGCAAAGAGAAAGAGAACACACAAUUUGAGAUAAGUUGAGAUAUAGGGAUAGAGAAAGAAAGAGAAAUGAGAACAAGGGGAGGGGUUUGUUACCCUAGGGCUGACGUUUGUGUAGAGAAAAUAGUUGUUAAAAGGAGAGAUUUGGCCGGAGAUAAUUUGACUUGCCGAAAACGGCAAAGAUUCUCGCCGGAGAUUGCAGUAAAAAGUCAUUUGUUCGAUGCUUUACCCGAUGAUCUUGUCAUUUCUAUACUCUCCAAACUGAGCUCUACCGCCAGUUGCCCUUCCGAUUUCAUCAACGUUCUGAUUACAUGCAAGAGAUUAAAUCGUUUAGCACUCAAUUCUCUGGUAUUAUCCAAAGCAUCUCCAAAAAUGUUUGCCAUUAAAGCCAAAAACUGGUCAGAGUCAGCUCAUAGGUUCUUGAAGACCAGCGCUGAUGCCGGAAAUGUUGAAGCUUGUUACACUCUAGGCAUGAUUCGUUUCUACUGUUUACAAAAUCGAGGGAGUGGAGCCUCUCUUAUGGCUAAGGCGGCGAUUAGCUCCCACGCGCCGGCGCUUUACUCUUUAGCUGUGAUUCAGUUCAACGGAAGCGGCGGCUCUAAAAACGAUAAGGACCUCAGAGCAGGUGUGGCUUUGUGCGCUCGGGCUGCUUUCCUUGGCCACAUCGACGCCCUGCGUGAGCUUGGUCACUGCCUCCAGGACGGCUACGGCGUGCGGCAAAACAUCGCCGAGGGACGUCGGUUUCUCGUCCAAGCCAACGCCCGAGAGCUAGCGGUGGUUUUAUCAUCACCAGCUGCUUCUAACAUAUCUACGCGCUCUUGGCUUACUUGGAGCCCACACCCGAUCCCGCAUCCUAACCAACGUCAUCCGACCGUACCGGGAUGCCCGUUGCUGAGUGAUUUUGGAUGCAAUGUGCCAGCGCCGGAGGCGCAUCCGGCUAGCAGGUUCUUAGCGGAGUGGUUCGACGCUCGGGGUGGGAUGCCCGGACCGGGUUUGAGGCUAUGCUCGCACGUUGGUUGUGGAAGGCCGGAGACAAGAAAGCACGAGUUUCGCAGGUGUUCGGUUUGUGGGGCUGUGAAUUACUGCUCACGCGCUUGCCAGGCACUCGAUUGGAAGCUGCGCCACAAAGCCGAGUGCGCGCCAGUAGAGCGGUGGCUCGAUGAAGAGGGUGAUGGUGGCGACGGGAACGGAGCUGUUGAUGGAAACGAUGACGUCAACGCCGAAAGUUAAAAACGGUAACGGCGAUGUUAACGGCCUAUAGUAAUUUAUCAGUUUUAAGGCCAUAGAAAAUGAAAUAGUGGAAAUGGAAAAACGACGCCAGUUUUUUGUGGAAAUUGGAAGGGUAAAAAAAAAAAAUUCCACUACGGUCGUCGAAACGCGGCAUAGUCUUACUUUCCCCUUGAUUGUGUAGAGGGGUAAAUCGAAAAAAAAAAAUUAGGGGGGCUUUUUUUCUUUUCAUUUUAAUCCCUAAAACUUUUCCUUUUUGUACUAUAGAGCAAUAUUGACCUUAAUUUCGGUAAAUUAAAAUUCAAUAUCCGGUAUUUCCAUUUAGUUUUUUUUUUUAAAUUUUUUUCCUUA